UGCGACGCAACCUGGUAACCAUGUUGGAUCACGUGGAUAGAUUACUUGGGAACGCCGACAAUUACACCGUGUAGGCAAAAGAAGGGCAAGACACUGACCUAUUCGAUCUUCUGCGCCAUGGGACUGUGGAUCCUGUCAUCUGCAACAGGCUGGCCGGCCCAUAUGGCAGAAAAUCUGUGCAUUCAUAAAUGCGCCAAUUGGUUGAGCCUAUUGUACAGUUCGGCAAAGUAUUUGUCUAUGUCAAUAUGCAAAACCUCUACCCCACCAGUUUCUUGGCAGGUUCCUUGGCCAGGUAAUCAAAAGCCCACUCGUCCACGAUCCCAUGGGCGUGUAUCAAGAUCGAUUUAUCUCUCUCCACAUUGUCAGUCAAGUUUCUGGGGUUGAAACUGGUACUAGCGAGAUGUUGCAGUGGGAUGAUCGACCCCAGCAUACAACCUGAACCACGGCGGACCCACUCUCGAAGACCCACAUAUCGUAACAGAAAAAAAAGAAAAAAAAGAAAAAAGAAGAAU